AUGUGCAAGGCACCCAAGUCGCAUAAUCUUAUACAUCCUAGAGGUUGGCCAAGUGAAUCCACCAGUGAAACUUCACGUAGCCGAAGCUUUAACUGUCGCCUCCUGGUCAGGCCUCCAGAUGACCAGGAGGAGACUAUGGAAGAGAAGCAACAGCGGGUAUCCCAGUAUGAGAAUAUGCAGAUUUCUGCUGUGCUUCUGCCGCCGUCAUAUUUAGUGGAUAAAGGUAAUAGUGAAUCUUUUGAGGGUGAAGGACAACAGUGUCUAGUUUGUUUGGUUCGGCGUAUUCCACCCAACGAACGGAUCCAAGGCACCCCUGUUGAACAAUUUACCACCAAGCUGGACACUCAGGGCACCAUUAUCGCCCUUGACGCCAGUGGAGUGUCCCCCAGAUAUAGUCAAUACAUAAACAAGGAAAGAAUUGGUGAACAAUUUGAAGAUUUAAUAGCCCCAGGAGAUAUCGGGAAGGUCACAGGUCACUUGGGAGAAGCUUUGCAUUCAGGCCAAGCAACAUCCCAGGUGUAUCGUGUAAAGGUUGGAGGAGAUAGAUUUAUACGAGUACAGACAAAGUCAAAACUUUUCCGUGAUACAGACGGAACUCAACCAGAAGGGAGCUUCAUCAUGGCAACACACACGAUAAUUGGACCCUUCCAAGAAGGUGGUGCAUCAGCAACUUCGGAUAGACUGCUUGCAGGUACCUCUGGUAAUGGUGGAAGUGUUCUUGAUGAGUCACAAGGUGGAAGACCAAGUAGUACAGGUGGUGUUGUUGAUGACUCGAGUGUAUCUUUUGGUGAUAAUGGACGCUUAAGAAGACUUCUUAGUCAUGGUGAUGAUAGUGGAGACCUGUCUUCUGCUGAUGGUCCAAAUAAAAUCCUCAAAGACCUUCUAAACCAAAAAGAUGAGGAUGAUACCCAAGGUGGUGGGACUGGUAGUGGAGAUUCAAUACGCUUCAUUCAUCGUAUACCCCACCUAGAGUCUAAGCCAAACACCUCCUCGUCGCCUGCAGGAAAUUCUAAUAAUAUGCUUAGAGAACUGCUGAACAAUGAGGAUGAAGAUAAUGAAAAGAAAAGCAGUGAUGACAUCUGGGAGUUAUUAAACACACCAGAGGACAAGAAGCCAGACCUUACAUCCGAGUUCCGGCCACCUCAGGGGCCUCCUGGGGGACCCAUGCAGAAUGUCAAUUCAACUUCUUCGUCAUCCACUCCCAAUACUUUAUCCUCCACUUCAUCAAGUAAUCCCCAGCCUCUGAACUCCAGUGGAGUGCCACCAAGACCCCCAAGUAGAGACAUGCUACCAGCAUCAAACAUGAUGCGGGGAUUGAAACGUCCAAGUGACGAACCUCAUGAUGGGAACCCAAGUAAACAUCAGGUUCUUGGUGCAUUUGAGACCAUGCUAGGUCCUUCACCACCAGCUACUUCCAUGAGUCCUGCACCAGUGCAACAUGGAGGGCCUCCUACUCCACAUGGGGGUCCAUCUACACCUCAUGGCCCUCCAACUCCUCUUGGUGGACCCCCAACACCGCAUGGAGGCCCUCCAACUCCUCUUGGAAAUAAUACUGGUGGGAAUAUAGGGCAUGUAGCAUCAGGAUCAAGUCCUAAUAAUCAAGGGCAGUCAAAACUCUGGGAGAAGAACAAAAUGUUGGCAUCUCUUCUUGCAAAGGAAAGUCCACAUUCAAAUCCUCCUCGACCAACAACGCAGAAUGUAAAUCCAGAAAGCCUGCCCCAAGAAAAGCUUCCAAAGAUCUUAAAAGACAAGACACAUCCAUCUUCUACGUGGAUGCCUUCGGGUUCCAGCCAGUCACAUAUCCUGAAUCAGAUAUUUGUCAAUGGGCCUGGACAACAUACAAACAUGAAGUGGCCCUAUGCAAUGAAACUUGAACAAUAUCAUUUUAUCAUUUCAUUGCUUCUGCAUGAUGUCAUCAAUAACCCUGGUUUUCAGACACUGUCAUCUGUUACUCGUAACUCCUUUACUAUCAAAAAUAUAAUUUCAUUCAUCCCACACUCAAGUAUGAACCUGUAUGACCCGAUAGUCUUAUCUUCUAACGUGUCAAUGAACCAACAACACCCUCUAGGCACCCCAACAUCUGGAAAUUCAGUACCACAAAGCAACAUGGCUUCCCAACACUCCACAAAUGCUCACGGAAGGUUGGGGGUAAAUAAUAUUCCCAUGAAUAGCUCUGUAUCAGUUCCAACCUCCCAUGGUGGUAUGUGGGACAUGGGUGGUAAUAGCAAUGUCUCGGUGGCAGCCUCAUCUGUUUCUACCAAGACAACCACUGCCCUGCCAUCUUUUAUAGAUGCCAUGCCUCGUAAUCCUAUUGGGGAUGUGAGCAGUAGUUAUUCUGAAGGAGGUCUACCAUCCAUAACGACUGCUGCUAAUUUUCUGUCGGCUCAAAACAAUGCUGAUGACUUUCUUCCUGAAAGUAUUCUUAAGGAUAUCAUGGAAAUGACUGACACGUUUCCUGCAAGUGGUUCAACAGAUGAUGUUGGACAGCCCCCUUCAAUAAGCUCAGAUGAUGUGCACCGUCCUCCUACAUCCUCCUCUUACAAUUUAAUGGAGAUUCAAAAGAUCAAGGAGAGCCUCAUAUCAGACUUUGAUAUGCAAGAUGCUCCAGCAGUAACUGGUCCGGGUUCCUUGCCGCCGUAUACUGCUGUUGCUUCUGCCUCUUCCAUUGGUAACUACCCACCUCCAUACACCCAGAGAACGCGGUUUCCAAAUGCAGGUCCUCCUGGUGCACCUGGUGGAGGUACUAAUGUAGUAGGGAGUAUGAUUAGAUCAAGUAAUCAACAGUUUUCUCCUGGGAGUCCCCGACCUAAUAUGAGCAACCAGCGAACAACACUUAUGAGACAGCAGGAUAUGAGAAAACGGCUUAUACAACAACAACAAAAUCAGGUGCUGGUGCCCACACCUGCUUCAGAUGUGACCCAGCCUCCAACUUCUUACCAGAACAUAGAGGACUUGUUUAACAACACUAUUGCACCAAAUGUGAAUGUCACUCUCCAGCGUAAUGUAGCAGACUCUCAAACUUCUCCAAAUUAUAAUAUCCUGGGAAAUUCUCCAAUUGGAUGUGGGGGACAAAUAUCUCCUGGCCAACGGAUUCCUCAGUCACCAUUUUCACCUGUUGUCAUUUAUCUAAUCCAAAUUUGUUUCUCUAACCACUGGAAUCAUAGUGGGCAGAUAGGCAGUUACCAGGCACAAAGCUCACAGCUGUCUCCUAGAUUAUCCCAGGGGUCCCCUGCCCCACCCAGUUACCAAACAGGUGGACAGCCACUUCCUCAAAUGUCUCCAACUGGUCCUAGCACUCCGAGCACACCAGGGGUACAAGUUCCAUCAGGUCAGCAGAGUCCUGCUUGGUCCACUCCAAGUCCACAGCAACGAAAUUCACUGAUGGCACAGAACCCUUUGCUUAAUGCACAACUUUCUGACCAGGCUCCUAUUGCUACAAGUAUGCUCAGACCAGGCAAAAUGAAGUAUAUAAAAACUGAUGGAAGUCGUCAGUUUGACAGUGGUCGACAAUUCCACGGUGGAGGGCGUUCAGGCCAUUUGCCGUCCAUACGCUCCAUGCCUAGCCCAGGUGCUCGUCAAUCUCCCUACCCAAAUAUGGGCCCCCCAACACCAGGAGCUGCUGGGCAAGGUGAUGCUGGACCCUAUCCUCCUUCUUCGCCCCAGCAGGGUCAGUCGUCUUUACUUUACCAUAUCGCUGCUUGA